GUGUGCCUUCCUGUUAUUUUUAGUUCCACCCCCUUUUUCCGCAGUCAAGUGUCAGAACUUUUCCAAAAACUUUUCUUCCUCCUCCAUGUGAGCCUCAAGCAUUUCUCUCCGGAGGCGCGGACAGCCACGACAGAUUUCCGUUGCUGCUUCGGCACAGCAACCAGCGAUUCGCCGUUCAAAAACCGACGGCCGAAGGACGACCAGGCCCCAGUCAAAGGCGCGAGGCCCAGGUUGGCAAUAACCCAACCGACUUCAACUCUCCCCCAAACUGUACAACUACCACCUUGGCUAAGACGCGCUAUCACACGAUCAGCACUCGAAGCCAUGGAUACCCCAAUCACGAUCAAUAUUGAUCCCGAGGGAGAUCUCUUCUUGGAUGCGACAGCAGAUCCUUCGAACCGCAAGAGGUUUCGUGUCUGCUCUCAAGCCCUUCGUCGCAAGUCGCCAGUCUGGAAGCGGAUGCUGUUUGGUCCUUGGAAGGAGUCCAAGCCGGCCAAUGACAAGGAAUGGGUUGUCGAGUUGCCUGAUGAUCCUGUUCGCCCGUUACAGAUCAUUCUCUCCAUCAUCCACAGCAACUUUGAUGCCGUUCCGGGUUUUACAUCCAUCGAAAUCAUCCAUCAGGUCUUAAUCAUGACUAACAAGUACGACAUCACCAGCAUCGUGAGGCCCUGGUCCUUGCAGUGGCUUCAGAUAGCUGAGCUGCCUUCUAAUGCGGCGGCGGAGGUGGUUAAGUCCUUGUAUAUUGCAUGGGAGCUCGGCAGCGAAGAGGUCUUUGCUUCGAAGUUGGAACAUAUCUCCUUGCACACCGAACUUGACUCCAAAGGCCGCUUGUUUUUUGACUCAGCAAUCCUACUCGAGGAAGAGGAGUUUUUGGGCCCGCAAACUGCACUGGAUACAAUUUCCAAGAUCCGAUUGGAUUUGCUUCAGAAGCUGAUCUCACCAGUUCACGAGGUUCUGGAUGCUCGAACGAAGCAACAGCCUUUUUGCCCUCAGAACAACCCCUACAACCCAGGUGCAACCAAAGCUUGCGAUGCCGCAGUAUUGGGCAAUAUCUACCGCGAGAUGGUACAAGCCAGAGGUGCCGUGCUUUCAGAGUUUGCUGCUGAUAUCAACGACAGCGUUGUUAACCUCGCAGCUUGGAUAUUCUCCUUCAUGGCAAAGAUUGAAGGUAUCCAUCAAGGACCCUUCGGAACCGCGGCGCCAUGCGCUCCGAAAUCGAAGUUCCAAGAUCUCAACAAAAGCAUUCAUGACAGUAUUCCUGCCGUCGUAGCCGGAUUCAUGGAACCAGGAUACAAGGAGUACAUGGCCAAGCAGAGAAGCAAGACAGGAGUGGCUCUGCCGCCACCCUGGGAAAACCACACCACAAAGCGCCAUUGGGACUAGGUUUGAGCAUCCAGGGAGGAUAUGUAGAAGUACAAACGAGCCACAAACAUCCGGAUCAGCUGUCUCAGCUCUAGUCAGCAAUGCCACUGGGGUCAUUCAAGCAUGUUACCUUACGUUUAAACUAACUCAACUGUCGUACGAUUAGUUUCUGGCAUAAUAAACUGGC